GCCUUACUUGCAACUUUGAGAAUUAUAAAUUGUUGCCAAAAUGAAUCAUACACGUGAGAUUCUUACUUUUCAGUUUGGUACCUACGCAAAUUAUGUUGGCGCACACUUUUGGAACCAGCAGGAGGCGAACUUUGUUUACGAUGACCCAGCUAAUGAAGUGGCUGUGGAGCAGUAUCCGAAUAAUGACAUAUUGUAUAGAGAAGGACGAAAUGAACAGAAGCAAACAACCUACACGCCUCGCUUGUUGUCUGUGGACUUAGCCGGCACAUUGGCACACUUGCCUAUCGUUGGAGAGCUCUACGGCAAUUAUGUACAACGCGCAGAUGAGGCGCCGACUGAUGAUAUAGUAGAAAAGCUUAAGGAAGGCGCUGAGCAAAACAAACUCUCGACAUCUGGCCAGCUGGAUGUGCUUCAGCAACCAACAGCCCCCAUGUCCGAGUACCAGCGUGAUCUGCUCAAGGGCACGCUUAACACCCAGGACAAGGACUACAAACUGGCCGAGAGCUGCAAUAGCUGGGCAGACUAUCUAUAUGCUCGCUAUCACCCACGCACCUUUAGCAUGUUGCAAGGCAUCACACGAAAGUCUGAUGUACAGUCGCUGGCUACACACGGCGCUGGUGUUGAAAUGUGGCACUCGACAGCAUUCAAUGAAGACUUCUGUGAUCGCAUACGUCAAUAUGCUGAGGAAUGCGAUGCACUUCAAGGCUUUCAGCUGCUGUUUGACAUUGAUGAUGGCUUCAGCGGAAUGGCCAGCAAGUGCCUGGAGCACCUAAAUGAUGAAUACACUCGCGCUAGCUAUGUGCUGCCACUGCAUUAUCCACAAAACAUUUCCUAUGCGCAAGCGGAUAUGCGCACCGCUCAUAGCAUACGCGUAGUAAACAGUGUGCUAAGCUACUAUCAUUUGAGUGAGCAGGCCAGCAUGUUUACGCCGCUGUCCACAUUGGAGACUAUCUGGCGCAACAGCUCCUUGAAGUCACGCAACCUGACAGGACUGCAGUUCCAAGCGAACAAUCUCUAUCAGACCUCAGCUGUGCUGGCUGCCUACCUGGACACUGUAACGCUUGGCUUUCGUUUGCGUGAGACAUCCGAAAGCUUAAUGCGCUUCUGUGAUCGCGUUAGUCCCUCUGGACGAAAGCUGACAGCAGCCAGUCUGGCUUUGCCCUUGGGCAUGCAACAGCAGCAGGAUCUCAUUGACUAUUUGAAUGUAGCCGACAGCAAUGCGCUGCUGACUCAGCUCACACCUGGCUGUGAGCCAGGCAGCUCCUAUGUGCUGCAGUCACUGGUGGCGCGUGGCAUACCCGACUCGCGGCUGAAGCGGCCGCUAGAGCAAGCUGCUAAGCAGGUGCAAAUGGCCGCCUACAAAUGCGACAGUGUCUCCCACAUGCUGCAGCUAUAUUAUCAAUGCAACUAUCAUAGCAGCCAGACGCAUGCCAGCUCCACACCUUUGCCGCUCAAGACGCAUUUACCCUUUCCCUAUGAGAUUUUCAAUUCGAGUUUCGCUAGCAAUGGCUUCAAGCUGCUCGACGAUGAGCACCGCAGUGUGGAGCAACGUGUGGCGAGCGCACCCGCAUUGGCUGCCGUACAAAACUCCAGCAAACUUGGUAAUCAUCUUGAUGCGCUGCAUGGGCAAACACAUCGCAUACAGCUGGCCAAGCUGCAGAGCUACUCACAGUCCGGUCUGGAGCGGGAUGAGUAUGAAACUGCGCUGGAACAAUUGCUCGAGUUUCGCGAUAACUAUGCCGACGCACACUAUUUGUAGAAUGUAGGAUACGCACUCAACUGUAAGUCAGCUUAACAGCAUGGAAAGCAACAACUGUUUCACAAUAUAUAGACUAGAAAUGCCCGUCGAUUUAUUUAUUGACAUAACAUGUUGUUGCCGUCUAUGUUUGUUCAGUUGGCAAUAAUUAUUUUUACAUGCCUAUUUAUAAACUUAACUGUCGGGGUAUUUACAAGUCUAAAUAUGCAAAAAGAGCUUGAGUUAGGCCAAAGACUAAAGACUCUAUAAUCUAUGGCUUGACUAAACUUUGGAAGAAUACUAUCUAAAGCUUAAAAUAUUAACUAAUAAACAUAUUUA